GUUUCCUUCCGCGGGAUGCAGGCAGAGUCGCUGUCAGAGGCUGGCAUCUCGCAGCACGUGGAUAUUCGUAGGUAGACGUCACGCAGGACGACAGUGCCUUGCUGCAGAAGAGAAGGCAUUGAUCUCUGUAUCUUCCUGCUCUUUUUCACAGUAAUUUGAUAUACAGCAUGUAAGAAAUCAUAUCAGUACGCUUGAUGCUGCCGUAUUGACAAAACGUAAAUAAUCGACUGGAUACUGGGAAGUAAAUACGUAGCACGACUAAAUAUACAUCGGCGGAAAUGUGUCCGCUUCGGUCCUGGAUAAACACUGAUGUCCAGUCCGGCCGAUCCGGGGAACUGCGCUCAUCGGAGGACCCUGAAAUGAAUGAAGACGCCCUUUCAUAAUGACAGCCAUCGUUUUAUACGUGCACUUUUUCUCUCCUGCUGUCCAGAUUUAAAUAUUUGAAGUUUUUCGUCCAGAUUUUAAUUUUCUGCUAUGUCAAGAAAUGGGAACGCACACAAAGCGUUGAAACAGAAGCGCUUAGCCGGAGGCGAGAUGUGGCCAACCAAGUGAAGACAGAACUGCACACUUUGGGGGGUAUUUCCAUUGCGUAUCAUGUCACGGCUGAGAGAUCGCGAUGUUGAUAUUACCUAGCUUUAUCAAUUAAUCAUAAAGCCCUCUUCGCGGAUUAUGCUGUUUAAUUAUAGCUAGAUGGUUUUGUGAUUAUCUGGGACAGAAAUGACACCCGGCCACCCACACUGACCCACUGACUGAGUCUGCAGGUGCGGUCUUUAAUUCCCCUCAAAUGUGCAUGACAUAUUUUCUUGCAUUGCAUAAUGUUUAAACUUGAACCGCUCCUCCCCCACUUAAAUGAACUGAAUUAAAUAUGUUUUGCAUGUGACAAUCGAAAGAUGGUUUGUUUACCGUUUGAAUUUUAGUCAAAUAGCUUCUAGGGCGAUCUUGUUAAUAUACGGUGAUGGAGCGAAAUGUUACCCAAUAAAGUGCAAGAUAUACAGGCAGCCCGCACAUCAGAGCAUCCCGCGAGGAAUAACACGAGAUACCGUGGGCUCUCCUCGGUAGAGAGCACGGCCACCAUCAGCCGAGGGUGAGACGCGGGUGUCCGGCAUGGAGACAGUAGGAGAUUUUGAGUAUAACAAAAAGGACCUUGUGGGACACGGAGCCUACGCGGUGGUGUUCAAGGGGAGACACAAAAAGGAGCUUCAGCAUGAAAACAUAGUGGGGCUCUACGAUGUACAGGAAACGGCCGCCUCGGUCUUCUUGGUCAUGGAGUUCUGCAACGGAGGAGAUCUGGCUGACUACCUCCAUGCCCACGGCUCCCUGAGGGAAGACAUUCUGCGAGCUUUUCUCAAGCAGAUUGCAGCUGCCAUGCAAGUGCUCCACAGCAGGGGAGUCGUUCACCGGGACCUCAAGCCACAGAACAUCUUGCUGUCACACACAGGCAGCAAGAAGUCUGGUCCCUCUGGGAUGCGUGUCAAGAUAGGUGACUUUGGCUUUGCUCGGCACCUCCAGAACAACAUGACGGCGGCCACGCUCUGUGGGUCUCCCAUGUACAUGGCUCCAGAGGUGAUCAUGUCCCAGAACUACGGUGCCAAGGCAGACCUGUGGAGCAUCGGGGCCGUGGUUUACCAGUGUCUGGUGGGCAGGCCACCAUUCCAGGCGAGCUGUCCCCAGGAACUGAGGCUGUUUUAUGAGAAGAACCGGAUCCUGGCUCCCGACAUCCCAAGCGGCACCUCUCCACAUCUGGCACACCUGCUUCUUGGCUUGCUGCAACGAGACCAGAAAGAUCGCAUGGAUUUCGGUGCCUUUUUUAACCACCCCUUCCUUACGUCCAGUGAAACGGUCCAGAAAUCCUGCCUGGUGUUCAUGGCCAGGCCCCCGGAUCCCUUCCUGGGACGGCACCCUUCCUGUCAUUCCGCCUCUGCUGUGUCUCUCGCAGACCCGGUGGUGACCUUUAUUAAACCGGCCCAUGACAUGUGUGGGUCCAGGAAGACAGGAGCAACCGCCUCAGAUACAAGGGUCCUCUGUGUGGUGACUCCUUCCACCAGUCGUCCAAUAGGAGCAGUCAUACGCAGGCCAUCUGUUGAGUCUCAGCCAAUGAAGGCAGUUGGCCGAAGGCCCUCCAGUGAGUACCAGCCCCUGAGAGUGGCUGGCCAAGUUCCCUGCAGUGAGGCUCGACCAAUGGGAAAGGCAGGCCGAUAUCCAUCCAACGAAUGCCUCCUGUUCCCGGGAAUGCCCCAGGCCUCCCCCAGACGUGGUGUUUCAGAGUGCUCUCAUGGGAGAUUAACACCCGGACCCAUGACCCCCCAGCCUGUGCUGGUCAUCACCCCCAGGUCCAGCCCACUGUGUCGUUCCAGUACCAGUCCUGUGGCCUUCCCCAGAGUGUGCUCCACAGACCGAUCCCGACCUGUGUGUCGGCGCCGGUCCACAGGCUCCACCCGGACCUUCUCCCCUGUACCACUGGCACCUCCAUCUCCGAUACACUGGGCUCCCACUCAGACCGACGUACAGCCACCUCAGCGAAAGCUCCUCAAGCAGCACUCCGACCCCCUGCACUCUGCCCGCUCAACCCAGUCCAGCUGCCCAUCCCCUCAAAAGCCCCGUCCUGUCAGCUUGGGCACCACCCCAACCUGGCAGCUGGCCGCCACCCCUCGCUCUUCUGAUUGGUUCCUGAGGACCCCGCUCCCCACCAUCAUUGGCUCUCCCACAAAAACCGUGGCAUCUUUCAAGGUUCCCCAGGUGCUAGCCUCCAGCGGCCAGGCCCCCCCAAGUCAGAGCUUCUGCCCCCAGUAUGUAAACAUGCACGGUGCCCGCUCUCGUCAGCCAGACCCCAGGACCACGAGGAGUCACUUUGGCAGGUCCGUCAGUGCUGGUCGCAUCUCGGAUCGAUCACCUGGGCCCGGUCUGAGAAGGCGUUUUCUCUACUGCAGCACCGACAGCCUGGAGAGGCUUGAGGAUACAGUGACUGUUAGAGGGGUGGUCGGCGUAUUGCCGCCAGAUCCCCCCCAGGGCGCGACCUACACCAGCCCCCCUCCCAGCCUGGAGAACCUCGUUACGUUUGAGGCUCCUGAGCUGCCUGAGGAGACACUUAUGGAGCAGGAGCACGCGGACACCCUAGCGCACCUGCGGAUCAUGCUGUCAUUCGCGGAUGCUGUGCUGGAGAUGGUGACGAGGCGAGGGGGCGGAGCCGAACUCUAUGGUCCCCAGGAUAGUGUUGUGGUCGACCAGGUCGGCCAGCUUAGCAAGCAGUGGGGGCAGGUGGAGCAGCUCGUCCUCCACAUGAAGCUGGCGCAGGUUCUGGCAUCUGCUCUGCACUGCGCCAAAGCUCAGGUCACGUCGGCCAAGCUGCAGCCCUCGUCUGCCGUCAAACAAGUGGUGAGGGAUCUGAACGAUCGCUACAAGACCAGCGUCGCGUCCUGCCGCCUCCUCACUGAGCAGCUCCAUGGCUUCUUCUCUGACAAGCAGCGCUUUGUGGAUGAGGUCGCCAGCGUAGCUGCGGAGAAACUCAUCUACAACCACGCGGUGGACAUGGUGAAGUCUGCUGCGCUGGACGAGAUGUUCCAGCAGGGGGCCGACAUCAGCCAGCGCUACACGGCGGCGUCUGUGCUCCUGCAGGGCUUGUCCAAAAUUCUGCAGGACCCCAUCGAUAUUGAGAACGUCAACAAGUGCAAAGCCAGCGUGGACCGGCGGAUAGCAGCACUGACCUAGCAGAUGCCACGUCUUGUUUCGGUGGACAGAACCCCCCUCCCCUUACCGAAACCACGUGGUCACACGCUGCUUGGAUAGAAGCCAAAACCAAGCCGAAACACCUAAGAGAACAUCUGAAGAACGGAGGAACACGGAGGACACUAAUUUGGAGGGCAGAUCCCAGGUGCCGAACGGCUCGCUGACAUGAAAAAUGCGACCAGUUCGGCACGGAGGAUCGUGACGAGAAAGGAAAUCAUACAGUAUGUGGUAUCAAACACAGAGGAACCAGAUGAUAAAGGGCAAGGGUUAGGGUUAGGGUUAGGGUUAGGUUUAGGGUUAGCCAACUUCAGAGUGUCGCCACAGGAAGUGGAAGCACUGAUACUUUAUUAAUUUAAAAUGUAAUAAGGUUUGCAGAGAGUGUUGGAACUUGUCUCACUGUGCUGAAUGAACAGAUGGGUUUAUUUGUGUUUGGCAGGAAUACUAAUAAAUGCCAGAACACACACAAAUACAAACAUCACGGAAAUAUCGACAGCAGUAUCAGCAGCGGAGGAGACUACAGCUGUUUACUUACAUGGUGGGAGUGCUGCAGUAUGAUUGGAGUUCUGACACAUUGACUCCAUCCCUAAUGUCCUCACCUGGCUCCACCUCCUCGGUGGUGACGUCAUGGUGAGCGACAUGCCCACUGUUGCCGAAGACCACGACCCCAUCUCAGGAAAAACAGAUCAACACAGAAACACAAUGACCAACACGUCAGCAGUCUUCCGACACGGGAAAACGGGACAUCUGAAAGUCAAAAAAACAGCAUCGGAACAAUAUUUUUAUUAAAUUAUAUACAUUUGUUAGAAGAUGUUGAUAUAUUUAUAACUUACGAUAGCUGACCGUUUUUCCAGUGUAAAUAUUUUGUUUUGCAUAUCAUGCUUAUGAAUGUGUGAGGAAGCAGGUGAAAGCCAGAUGUUCUUUAGAGCAACAUUUCUCAAACCAGUCCUCAGGGACCCCCCAGACGAUCCACAUUUUUCUUCUCCCCCCAAUUCCCUGGGAGUUGGGAGGGAGUAAAAACGUGGACCGUAUGGGGGUCCCCAAGAAUUAGUUUGAGAAACACUGCUUUAGAGAGGUACUGUGUUGAGAUUCAGUUGGAACUCAGCAUUACUGAUGCUCUCAGAAUCCCUCUACUAUCCUGCACAUCCACUGUCCCAUCUCAGUGACCCUAAGAUUCUUUUACUCUUGUAAAUAUUCGUGAAGAUCAGUAUGGGAUGUGUUUUGCUGUUGAAAACCUUACAACCAAGAUGGCUGUUACUGGGUCGUUCGAUGGGCAUCUCCUUCUGUAUGGUAACUCCAGGUGGUACUUUUCUUGAACGAUUUUGUGCUGUCAGAUCCGGUCCUGCAGGAGAGGCACCACCAGGAGAUAACACUCCGUUACAGACGCAGGAAAUACUGUGCCACAGAGCCAAUCUACUGAGGGCGGGGGGUAUUUGGCAUUGAGUGCUUCCUGUUCUAACCGCAGGCUAUGGCCAAGUUAUGAGAUAGCAUGAAGGAUGCCGUACUCAGCUCCACUGAGCCGUGGAAGGCUUCUGUGUGACGGGCCAGCAAAAAGCAGCUUCUGAAGUGGAAGAGGGUUAGGGUUAGGUAUCUCCCUGGUACUUUUGCCUGGUGUAUCUGUUAUACCGAUGGCUUAGAUAAUUGCCAGGAAAAAUCGUGUAAAUGUGUACUGUACUGUUCAAGAAAUGACAGAAUGUAUUAAUCCCUUUUCUUAAUCUUUCUUGUUCAACAGAAUAUUUAUACCUGGGAAUAUACAUCACCAAUGGAUGUAGGUAUUUCACUUUUCUGUGGUCUGCGACCUAUUUUUAAAAUGAAAACGGUACUGUGUGGUUCAGUUUCUAACUAGAGGAAUCACUGGAGAUGCAUUAAUUACCAGGUGGAUGAUUAAAGGAACCUUGAAUUUCA